AUGCUCGAAAGGAGUCAUGAUCCGAUCAUGACAGACAUGAUCAAGGCGUUGGCUGAGAAGGUUCCGAAAGAUUUUUCGGCCAUAGUAGAAGAUGAAAUAAGAGCUCGGAGCUUCGUCAUAAGCGGAGUUGAAGAACCCGCUCAAGAGUGGACGCUUCCAGAAAAGAUUUAUUCACACCAAGGAUUGAAGACCAAGAAGACCCAUCAGUCGAAGGUUGAGUGUGCUAAAUGGAACGACUGUGAUACCUGCAUACUCUCCGUGUUCAGUUUUGCGGACCAUCAAAUGGAUAAAGUAAAAGGGGAUAGGCUGAAGCAAGUCUGUAAUCUUGUGAGCACACACGUCGGAGACUCCAAGCCUCUAAAAGUAUGCGACACGGUCUUAAGGGAAGUUGUUGCCAAUAAAGCGAUUUUCCGGAAGAUGCAGGAAUACAAAGCGAAAGGACUGAAUAUGAAAUGGUUUUGUGCCGAAGAAUUGUCAAAACCCUACUGUACGUCCAAAGUUCCACAAUAA